CAGCAAGGUGAAUGGUAGGUCCGCUGGCUCAAUGGCAGAGCGUCUGACUACGAAGGCGUAAUCAGGAGGUUCCAGGUUCGACCCCUGGGUGGAUCGAUUGCUUUUUCCAUUUUCUUUUCCUUCUUCUUUGGCUCCGUGCGGAAUGAGGCAACCCUAACCCAGGACCGGCCGGGCUUGCUGCCAGUUGGUUGCUGGAAAACUUGGCCAUGUGCGGCUCAGCCCCAGCGGAGGCCAACCUAGCUGUGAGUCUGUGACCGACAUGAGCGUGCGUCGCCAGGCAAACGGGAAAAGAGAUGCCAGUCCGGACUUGGCUCACAGCAAAGGCUCUGCGAGAGGUAAAAUCAACUGCCGCGUCAACCCGCGCAACAGUCGCGCCGACAACGUCGCCAACCGCCGCACCGGCAGAGCCGAUCCAGCUCUUUGAGGACGCGGCUGCCUGGGAGACGUGGCUGGAGGCAAACCACACCAACGCAGCGGGCUUGUGGCUCAAGAUCAGCAAAAGGGGCAGUAACGUCGCGUCGGUCACCUACGACGAAGCCCUGGAUGUGGCCCUCUGCUUCGGCUGGAUCGACGGUCAGAAAAAGAGCUACGAUGCAAACCACUUCAUUCAGCGCUUCACGCCCCGGCGCCCCAGGAGCAUGUGGUCCAAGCGCAACGUCGAUAGAGUCGCCGUGCUGAUCGCCGCCGGGCGCAUGCGGCCGCCGGGACAGGCCGAGAUUGACGCGGCGAAGGCGGACGGGCGUUGGGAGAAGGCCUACUCGUCCUCAAGCGUGAUGGAGGUGCCGGCCGACUUCCAGGCCGCGCUGGAUCAGAACAAGAAAGCCAGGGCAUUUUUCGACGGCCUGGGCAAGACCAAGCGCUACCAGUUCUUGUGGCGCCUUGCAACGACGAAGCGGGAAGAGACGAAAAGGAAGAAGAUCGAGCAGUUUGUGGCACUGUUGGCCGAGGGGAAAACAUUAUAGCCCGAGGGGAACUCUCCAUGGAC